CCGGCGUGCUCGACAAGGGCCUUCCGGGUUCCGGCCACCGUCCGUAGGGGAAACAAUCCAACAGUCCUCGCUCGAGAGCGGCCGAAUGAGGAAACCGGAGCCUCUGCACUCCUAAAUUCGUAUAGGCUAUUUCGUUUUUCUUGUUAGACGGUGGAAAACAAGCCUGCUUUUGGCUCUGCGCAGCGCUAUUCGAUGGUUUUUUUUAGCUCACAGCUUCCCCCGGAGUACGGAACCGUUUGCGGGGAAGGGCUUAUCUACAUCUAAAUAUUGAACCUGGGGGAAUGAUGUCGAUCCCAAGACUAUCAAGUGAUUGUCGAGAAAGCCGUCAUGACAAUAAGUACGGGCAGAAGACGACUCUUGUAGCGCUCGUUUGGUGGUUAUACACUCCGGCCACCGCUAAUUUCCAUCCGACUCGAAUUCAAAAGCUUCUUAACAGUACAGAGUAGAGACCGUUCCAGAAAUGCGUCCCGAAACCGCCCUACUCCUCAUCCCCGCCGCCCUCGCGCAGACCCUGUGCCCCCUCACGCCCUGCAGCGCCGUCCACGUCCUCCUCGUCCGCGGCACGAACGAGCCGUACCCGGGCCUGCAGCAGCCCAUCGCCGAGGCCGUCUGCGCGGGCUGGGACUGCACAUGGGCCAGCGUCGAGUAUCCGGCCGUCUUCCGCCCGAGCUACUGCGCCUCGGUCGAGGGCGGCGUCGCCAACACGCUCAGGGCGGUGACCGACUACGCCACGCGCUGCCCGGACUCCCGGAUCGUGCUGUCCGGGUUCUCGCAGGGCGGGCAAGUUGUGGGAGACCUGUUGGGCGGCGGCGGCGGGGAGUUUGUGUCGCAGAACUGCGUGCAGGAGGCGAACGAGGGCAUCUCGUCGGAGACGUUCCCGGGCAACCACAUUGCCGCUGCGCUGGUCUGGGGCUCUCCUAGACACGUUGCCAACCAGAGCUACAACCUGCUCGUCGGGGCCCGUCUGCAAUCCGGAUUCCCCAGAGAAGGCGCCCAGCUCGCGUCUCUGAACCGGUGGUCUUCGAUUCUGCGCGACUACUGCAACUUUGACGAUCCCGCGUGCGCCCAGGGGACCAGCUGGGACGCGCACGAGAACUACGGGCUGAAAUACGCCGAGGAUGCGGCCCAGUUUGUACGGUUCAAGACAUGUUAGGCUGUUGCAGAGAGUCAAGUGUGAAUGAGUAGGUGCAUACUAAGGAAGUUGUAAAUUGUCAGCAAUCUAAACACUAAAAGAACCAAUUAAAACACAACUAAUAACAUACUCUCUCUAAGACUAUUAUAAAGUAUACUAAGUGCAAAGAUAUAGUAAAUGUAGCUCUUAAAGCCUAAGAGACUAUGGAUAGAUACAGAUAGAUAUGCAUGUAGAUCCUAAGGACACUGUUUGUGGAAAAGAAAUGAUAUGAAAAUGCCAAAAGGA